CUAUAAAUUGAGCUGACUCUGCAGGCUGUGGACACAGUUUACAUUGGAAGAGUUUUGCAGAAUGAAGCUGACCCUGCUGCUGAUUCUGUGCGUUUGCCUCUUUGGCUUUGUCUUUGGAAAUACCCUGGUCACCAAGCCACCAUUUCUGCGUAGCCGUUACAGCCUUCGCUGGCGGAAAACAACCCCAGCAGCCACAGAGGCAACCACUGGACACCCCAUGGACCUGGCCACCUCCACGGAGCAUCCCAAGAUGAGAACUUCAACGGCCAAUGCGGACUACGAUUACUACGGCAAUGGUGAAGCAGACAAUGUGGUGCACAAGUAAAUGGCCAAUAAAAU